GAGAGGGCGGCCACCCAAAGUCAGGCCGCUCAAUGUCCAGACGCCAGAGGUUGCCGAGGCGGGCAUGACCGCAAAGGUCGCCGAAGGAUCCUGCUCAUCGUUGCUGCCAGUGGUGAGGAAGCGAGGGCGGCCACCCAAGGUCCAGACCCCGGAGGUUGCCGAGGCGGGCAUGACCACAAAGGUCGCCGAAGGAUCCAGCUUGUCGCUGCAAGUGGUAGUGUGUGCUUUGCCAGCGGCAGGUGACCAUGGGAAGAAUAUGCUCCCUAAGCUGCAUGGGCGGCUGAGGAAGGCACUGCCAGCGCAGGAUCAUGGUAUGAGUUUAGAGGGGAUCCCGCCUGGCGCGUCCGCUGGAGGCUUCGUAAAGAGGGUGACUCGCCGUAGCGCACAACUAGCGAAAGAAGCGGAAGCAAAGGCACUUGAUGCUAUCGAGGCGGAUGAAUUGGAUGCGCAGCCUGCCGAGGGCGAGGCGAUGGCAGCGGCGGAUGAUGUCAUGGGGGAGAAUGGAAGCCCGUCCGCUGGAGGCUUCAUAAAGAGGGUGACUCGCCGUAGCGCACAACUAGCGAAAGAAGCGGAAGCAAAGGCACUUGAUGCUAUCGAGGCGGAUGAAUUGGAUGCGCAGCCUGCCGAGGGCGAGGCGAUGGCAGCGGCGGAUGAUGUCAUGGGGGAGAAUGGAAGCCCGUCCGCUGGAGGCUUCGUAAAGAGGGUGACUCGCCGUAGCGCACAACUAGCAAAAGAGGCGGAAGCAAAGGCACUUGAUGCUAUCGAGGCGGAUGAAUUGGAUGCGCAGCCUGCCGAGCGCGAGGCGAUAGCAGCGGCGGAUGAUGUCAUGGGGGGGAAUGGAAGCCCGUCCGCUGGAGGCUUCGUAAAGAGGGUGACUCGCCGUAGCGCACUACUAGCGAAUGAGGCGGAAGCAAAGGCACUUGAUGCUAUUGAGGCGGAUGAAUUGGAUGCGCAGCCUGCCGAGGGUGAGGCGAUGGCAGCGGCGGAUGAUGACAUGGGGGAGAAUGGAAGCAACUUUGUGAAUUGGGAGCAGAGAGGGAGAAGGUCCCUCAAAUUGCCGAGUGAGCGCCAGAAGGUGACAUCAAAAUUUGAAACCUCUCUUUCCCGUUCGUUCCAGUGGAAGCACACAGGGAGGAGGUCGUUCAAAUCGUCAUGCGCGUCCUGCGGCGACGAGAACAAGACCUACUACUGCGCCGCCUGCUCCGAGAAAAAAAGGUCCGAGAGGAUCGAGGAUGCAUGCUACUUGUUGCACUACCUGCUGCCGUGCUUGGAGACUAUCAACAAGGAGCAACUCGCUGAGAAGGAGGUGGAGGCCAAGAUGCUAGAUGUACCGGUGUCCAGUCUGAGCAUAAAACAAGCCGUCGACACCAAAGAGAGGAUCUAUUGUAGCAAUUGCAACACUUCAAUCUACGAUCUCCACAGGAGAUGCGCCGGUCGCAACUGUCCAUACAAUUACGAACUGUGCAUCCGCUGUUGCAAGGAGCUUCGCGAGAACAACCUCCAGGGGUGUUGCGAAGUGGCCGAAUUCCAUUACCCCGACAAUGGAGACGGCUACUUGCACGGCGGCAAGCCAAAGCCAUGCUCGUCCAAGGGGAAGGACCAAGACCACUCGUCAAGAACAACGGCAAACAAAACUAAAGUUGCCGAGUGGCUGGCCAAAACGCAGCGUUACGUCGCUGCCAACAGUAGCAAAAUCCCUUGCCCUCCCCGCGAGCUCGGCGGCUGCAACCUCCGCGAUCUUGAGCUGGUGAGGUUCUUCCCGGAAAACGAGCUCUCGGAGCUGGAGGCAAAUGCUAGAACUUUGUAUGACGCGUUCACCAUGGUCAACCCAGUCGAUGUAGCAACCGUUGAUGGUGCCUGCGUCAACUGCUCCUGCUCGGGCAGUUCUGGGAGCAGAAAGAAAGCUGCUUCCAAGAAGAGUUCAGCUGAUAACUCCGUAUUUUACCCGGUAUUUGACGGUUCCAAGCCGGAUGACCUCAAACACUUUCAGACACACUGGGUCAGAGGGGAACCUGUGGUUGUUCAAAGCGUCCUGCAAAAGAUGUCAGGUUUGAGCUGGGAGCCACGGACGAUGUUGUCCGAGAGCAGGGAUUCGUCAAAAGAUGUGAUCAAGGCUAUAGAUUGCCUUAGUUGCUGCCAGGUUGAAAAGGGCAAUGAUGAGUUCUUCAAAGGAUAUUAUGAAGGUGAAAACUAUGAGAAUAAUUGGCCUUGUAUGCUAAAACUGAAGGAUUGGCCUUCUUCGGAUAGUUUUGAACAAGUUCUACCCAAGCAUGGAGCUGUUUAUACAGAUUCUUUGCCAUUUCAACCAUACACGAAUAAGAAGUCUGGGUCGCUCAAUAUUUCAACCUUCCUUCCCGACGAUAUCCUCAAGGUUGAUUUGGGCCCCAAGUCAUACAUAGCAUAUGGUGUCACACAAGAGCUUGGCAGAGGAGACUCUGUUACAAAGCUUCACUCUGAUUUAUCUGAUGCGGUCAAUGUAUUGAUGCAUACUACGAAGGUCGCCCCUUCUACAGAACAAGAAACUGACAUCAUGAAACUAAAAGAAAAGCACAAGGCCCAAGAUAAAAGGGAAUUGGGCGGUGUUGAAAUAGAGAUGGAUGGCGAUGCAAAAGGUAAGCUAUCACCUGAUUAUGAGGAUCAACAGGGUGCUCUAUGGCACAUUUUCAAACGGGAAGAUGUCCCAAAAUUGGAAAAAUAUUUGAGAGAGCACUCCAAGGAGUUUCGUCAUGUACAUUGUUCGCGAGUAAACAAGGUGUAUAACCCAGUGCACGACGAGACAUUCUAUCUAACAAAAAACCACAUGAAGAAGCUUAAAGAUGAAUAUGGAGUACAGCCUUGGACCAUAGUACAAAAGCUUGGAGAAGCAGUUUUUAUACCUGCCGGUUGUCCACAUCAAGUACGAAACCUCCAGUCUUGCACCAAGAUUGCUCUAGACUUUGUUUCACCCGAGAAUAUUGGACAAUGUAUGAUGCUAUGUGAAGAUUACCGCCUGCUACCAAAAGCACAUAGGGCAAAGGAAGACAAACUAGAGGUGAAGAAGAUGAUUGUUCAUGCUGUUCAGCAUGCCGUUAAUACCUUAAAAGAACAGCUGCACAUAUUUUUUAGUGGGAAGAAUUAAAAACAAGUUUCCCUGGAGAUGUAUAUUAGGAGGCAAAAGGAUCCAAAUUACAUUUGUGUGCCAUAUCAUUCUUUUGAUAGUCCAGUUAGUUUGAUGGCCUGGAGCUAGAAUUAUUUCAUAUUACUUAAUUAAGUGGAGAUUUGUUGUAGGUGCACUUCACCUUGUGUUGAAAAUAUCUAAUUGCAUUUGUGCUAUACAGCCAAGAUAUAGUGU